AUGACACACACAGAGGUUCACGUUAUGCUCCCUAGCCCCACCCACCACUCAUCACCAGCACGACUGACCAAUGAGAGCUGCUAUUGCAGCAACAGGGAGACUCCUGCCAGCUUCCCAAUCGUAAAACCACCAUUUGUGUCCACACGGUUACCCAGCCAAGUCAGAGGCACCGCUGCCAGGAACCGAACCCAGGGCAUGAAGCGUCCAUUCAGCCCUAUGGAAGAGGACAGUGCCUUGGCGGAAGAGGCCUCUUCAGAGUGUCCGUCCACCGAUGUGACAGAGUAUCUAACUCUCGACGCCUCUGUCUCAGCGGCCUCCCGCCCAAAACGGGAGCGCAAGCACCGAACGUACACGGUGUGCGAGGUGUGUAACAUCCAGCUAAACUCGGCCGUCCAGGCGCAGAUACACUACAAUGGAAAAACACACCAGAAAAGACUCAGACACAUCAGCAACAGAAACACAGGUACGCCAGCCCAAGGUAGCCCUUUACUGGCCUCGUUGCCCGUUCAGGGUCGACCUCUACAGACGCCCUUGGACCUCAAGCACUUUCUGCCCUUCAGACUGAGUGGCUCGUCUCCUCUUAGCCUCUUCCCCAAUUUCAAUACGAUGGACCCUGUGCAGAAAGCAGUGAUAAAUCAUACGUUUGGUGUGUCUCAGUCACUGAGGAAGAAACAGGUCAUUUCGUGCAAUAUCUGUCACCUGCGCUUUAACUCCACAAACCAGGCAGAGGCGCAUUAUAAGGGUCAUAAACAUGCUCGCAAACUGAAAGCUUUAGAAGCUCAGAAAAACAAACAGCAUCGGCGCCAAGCGGACAACACGCACAACAGCAGAGAGAGAGAACGAGAGAGAGAACGAGAGAGGGAACGAGAGAGAGAACGAGAGAGGGACAGAGGAAAGACGUGCGCUCCGGAGCCUCUCCCCGCUCCUCUGGACUCUGGCUUAAUGGAGGGAACGACUCUUCUCUGUGAUACAGUCUCAGUGAAACUGGAGGAUGCUCAGGGCAGCUCUGUUGUCUUAACGCCCGUUUCCGAGGUUUCCUCCUCUGACCUCCACGUCUCCUCCCCGCCCCGGGCCUCACCCUCCACCCAGCCGUCAGACAGCACCCCAGAACUCCCCUGCACCCAUGGCGAGUCAGGCACUCAGCUGGACAGCCCUGUCAAAGACGAGGAGGGAGAAAAGGACCCCAGGAAGAGUAGACAACACCUACACUGCUCUGUCUGCAAAGUCACGGUCAAUUCCACCUCCCAGUUAGAGGCCCACAACAGUGGGACAAAGCACAAACUAAUGCUGGAAGGGAAGAGCGUAUUGCCACGACGACGAGGGAAGGUGAUAUCGUCUCGUCCCACCUGUAAAAGCAAACGACUGGCCAGCAAGGGCACGGUGGGCGUGGCCAGCAAAAGCUUUUACUGUGAGGUGUGUGAGAUCCACGUCAACUCAGAGACUCAGCUCAGCCAGCACAUGAGCAGUCGCAGGCAUAAGGACAGACUGGCGGGGAAACCCCCCAAGCCAAAAUUCAGCCCCCACAGCAAGAGCCAAACCACCUCAGGAACAUCGAGUGUGAGGUGGACUGGCUAUGCGGGCGGGGCUGUCUCUGCCAUGAAGAAGGUCCUUAACCAAUACAAUCUCAACUCUCUAACUUCUCAGACCAAGCUGGCCCUUCAGAAACAGUUGACUAAAAAUCUAACAACCACCUUCCUGCCCAGCCCUAUAACUCCACCCACUCUGUGCACAGUAACGACCAAUCCGCUUGCACUCCGGCACCCAACUGGCACUGCCUUCAUUCAGACGCCAAUCUUAGGCCCCACCCUCUUCCGUCCUGCACCAGGGCCAUUAAGAGCCACUCACACACCCAUAAUAUUUUCACCUUAUUGA